AUGGCUAUGAGCUGCCUCAUGGCCAGGGACCUCAACAAGGUCCACAAGGUGACCAAGAAUGUGAGCAUGUGCCUCACCAAGCACACCAAGUUCAUGUGGGACAUGAUCAGAGAGGUGUGCGGCUGCCCCUACCAGCAGUGAGCCAUGGAGCUGCUCAAGGUCUCCAAGGACAAGUGCGCUCUCAACUUCAUCAAGAAAAGGGUGGGGACAUGCAUCAGUGCCAAGAGGAAGGGAGAAGAGCUAAGCAACGUCCUGGCAGCUAUGAGGAAAACGGCAUCCAAGAAAGAUUGA